UAACCAGCUUCUUCUUCGUCUCUUUCCACCAGCUCACAAAACGGGACAACGAACCAGUGUCCACAAACGCAUCAUCAGGGAUCCUCCACCACCGGCGUCCACGCACCACAGCACCGGUGAACAAACAAACUACGGCCACCAGCACCUCCUCCAAACGCAUCCACAAUCAGAUCUGAACCAGCAGAAUCGAUUGUCAUGGGGGAGAAUCGGUUGUCACCUCCCAUUCUUGCACAGGCUCUCAACUCAAAUCCCUUAUCCUUUUGAAAUGCUUGAUGGGUUUUUCACAAGCUUUCCCUGUAGCCUGUAUUAAUAACCUUCCCUCAAUUGUAUGCAUCUCUAAGAGGAAGCUCUGUGUUUCUACUGCAAAACUCAGCCCGGACAAUGACCCAUUACUCCUUUCUGCCACUGCUUCUGCUUCUCUUCGGUACCACGAAUCUCUUCGACCAGAGCCUCUGUUUCUAGACCCAUAUGCUGGUUGUUUUGUCCCUGAUAAUACUCCCGAGGAUGUGAUUCCGGACUUGCAUCCCUACUGUCUUGCAGCCAAGUUCAUUGAUGAUAAGCUGCUUCAUACAGUUAGUCUUAUUGAUGGACUAAAGCAGCUAGUUUUUUUGACUGAUGGCAUGGAUACACGCCCAUACAGACUUCAGUGGCCCACUUCGACCAUAAUAUUUGACAUAUCCCCUGAAAUUGUAUUUAAGUUUGCAGCUGAGAAGCUUAAAGCUUCAGAUGUUGGGGCUAAGAUACCCAAAGGUUGCAUAUUCUGUCAUAUUCCACUGGAAUCAUCUGACAUGGAGCAGGCUAUGCAAUUUAAGGGCUACAGUGGUAGUAGACCAAGCAUAUGGGUCCUGCAGGGAUUUCCAAUGAUGACACUGGCAAAUUUUGAAGAGGUUUUGUCAAUGAUUAGCAGUUUGGCCAUGAAGGGAUCCCUUUUUUUGGGAGAGCUUCCAGCAUGCUUAGCUGAGACAGACCCAGAAAUCAAGUCCAAUAUAAGGCAAUGGUUGGAUAAACUAUUCAUGAGCAAGGGAUUUCGGGUGGAAAUGAUCAACUAUGAAGAGAUUGCAGGGAGUUAUGGUAAAGAUUUUGCAUCAGGGCACAAUAAUAGUAUACUGUUUGCCGCAGAACAGCUGUUACAUUCUGAUGAUCAGAUGGAAUCAUGGAGACGAGAAUUUCAAAGGAUAGAGAAUGAAGGUGAUGAAGACGGUUUUGAAGAGUUAUAGACAAGCAUAUAAGCUUCAUCUCACCCUCAUUAGCCUAAAACUUUCAAAGAUCCCACUGUGGAAGUUAUAACACCUGAUGCUGUGUACAGGAGAAGAUCUUGUAGGAGCAGAUGUUUGACUAGGAUUAUCAUUUACAUGAGGAGGGGGAAUCUCUUGGAACAGAUGCUGCUGAAGUUUCCACAUCUCUGAAAUCAAAACAAUAAAAGUAAUAGAUUCUGUUGGGAAUAAGUGUUGUCUGUAGUGUAACAGAUCUUACCUUUCACUGGGUACAGGGCUGCGAGAUUCACCAACAGCUUCUUCAUAGCUAGGAGGAGCAACACCCAUAUUUUUCUCAGAAAUUUUCCGCUCAAGCCUGCCAUUUUUUGCAUUGUGCAUUAUAAACCUUAAAAAUGCCUUGCAGCCAUUUGCACAAAUGACACAGAAGGUUUAUUUCAAUGACAAAUUUACCUUGCUUCCAGAGAUUA